AUGGAUGCCGAAAUAUGUAGGAACUUCCUUUUAGUGACGACAGAUUUUCCCGAUAAAUUGGACAAUGACGGAAAGUAUUAUUUUAAAGAUGAUCAACAUUUGAAAAAGUAUUGUGAUAACGAAAAUUGUGGGAGUGAUCUCGAAAAAGUUAAUGCUGGAUGUUUAUAUUUGUUAUAUACAUUCUUUGGGAGUUCUGAUAUGUUUAAGUCUGUUGCAAAAAGUAACAUCGAUAUUGUUGAAUACAUUAUGAUAUGGUUAGUUUAUAUGUUAAACCUAAAGAAACAAGAAAAUAAGACCAAUCUACAAUAUUUUUAUGACACAUAUAUAAAUAAUGAUAAGUAUAAAAAGCCUAUAACUGGUGUUAUGGAAUAUAAUAGUUAUAAGGAUCUUAUAGACCAAAAAACAUAUUUUAUGACUAUUGAUAUUAAUGAUAUAUUUAAAUUUUAUGAUGCAUUUAUAUUAUUAUGUGAAAUGUAUACUGGAUUUGAUACAAAACCCUCAAAUUGCACAAAAUGCUCGGAUAAAGCUAGUCAAUUUGUUAAAAAAUAUAAAGAACUUAAGGAAAAUUCUAAUAUUACUGAAAAUAGUCCGUAUUAUAAAUUAUUGUCUACACUAUCAACUGAUUAUGAUAAUUUUAAAAAUUAUUGUAAUAGCAAAGGUGUUAAUUGUAAAGAUUUUCCACUCCUUCCAGAGAUAAUAACAAAAGUUUCUGCACAAAUAUCUGAAUAUACAUCAUCAAGUUCGUCGAUAAAAAGCAAAUUAAUUCCAUUUUUAUCGAUAUUUGGUGCAAUAGCAUUUUUUUUAGGAUUUUCUUAUAAGUAUUCAUUAUUUGGAUUUCGGAAACGAUCUAAAAAACAGCAUUUAAGAGAAAAGCUAAAAAAAUAA